UCUUCUGAAAUGAAGACCUUCAGUGUUUGUUUGUGGUUUCUGCAGGAUCUUUGCUGUAAAAUGUUUCCUUAAAGCAGCAGCAGGAGGCUGAACCCACUCUGGUCUGAUAAAGACGUUAAAGGAGGAAAUAAGUUCAGUCUGCAGCCGCCGACACGGACCUCAGAGCUCUGACGCUGUUUGUGGGUUUGUGCAGCUCAGGUGACACUGUGUGAACGUGUGAGCUCAUAGCCACUUAACGGCAGCGUCGGGACCAGCAGGGAGCAAACCAACAGUCAGAACAUGGACCUCAGAUUCAGACGGCUGUCGCUUUUCAGCAGGGCAGCUCUUCAUCUCCUGCUGCUGGCCACACUGGUGCUGCAUUGUCACACAGAGAGCGUGCCCAGAUUCAUCAAGUUACCUGACGAUCAAACAGGAAUUUCGGGAGGAGUGGCGUCGUUCAUAUGCCAGGCGGUGGGUGAGCCCAAACCUCAGAUCACCUGGACUAAGAAGGGGAAGAAAGUCAGCUCUCAGCGCUUUGAGGUGAUUGAGUUCGAUGACGGCUCAGGCUCACUGCUCCGUAUCCAGCCUCUGAGGACCAGCCGCGAUGAAGCCAUCUAUGAAUGUACAGCCAACAACAGCUUGGCAGAGAUCAGCAUCAACGCCAAACUCACCGUCUUAGAGGAGAAAUACAAACCCCACGGUUUCCCCACCAUAGACAUGGGGCCCCAGCUGAAGGUUGUGGAGAAAACUCGUACUGCCACAAUGCUGUGUGCAGCCAGCGGAAACCCCGACCCAGAGAUCUACUGGUUCAAAGACUUCCUACCUGUGGACAUCAGCAGCAGCAACGGCCGCAUAAAGCAGCUGCGUUCAGGAACGCUUCAGAUUGAGAACAGCGAGGAGUCGGACCAGGGCAAGUACGAGUGUGUGGCAGUCAACGGCGCUGGGACUCGCUACUCGGCUCCGGCUAACCUUUAUGUUCGAGUUCGCCGUGUGCCUCCACGUUUCGCUGUCCCCCCCACCAAUCACGAGGUGAUGCCUGGCGGGAGUGUCAACUUGACCUGCGUGGCGGUCGGCUCCCCCAUGCCAUACGUCAAGUGGAUGAGUGGUGAAGUGGAGCUGACCCGCGAGGAAGAGAUGCCUAUUGGCCGCAACGUCCUGGAGCUCACCAAAAUCCGCCAGUCUGCCAACUACACCUGUGUGGCCUUAUCCUCCCUGGGCAUGAUUGAGACGACAGCCCAGAUCACUGUCAAAGACUCUGUGAGGCUGGUGGGCGGGACUCACCGGUGUUCAGGUAGACUGCAGGUGAAGAGGAACCAGGUGUGGUCCUCAGUGUGUUCAGAUGGAUUUGACCUGCAGGAUGCUGAGGUGGUCUGCAGGGAGCUGGGCUGUGGUUCUCCUUCAGGGUUUAAGGAGGAACUCUAUGGAGAAGCUCCAGAGUGGAUCCCAGAGUUCCGGUGUGGAGGCCAUGAGUCUGCUCUGCUGCACUGUGAGCGCUCAGAUAGAGACACCUGCUCACCUGAAACCACCGUCACACUCACCUGCUCAGCUCCAGACCAAGUGAGGCUGGUGGGAAACAGAAGCACCUGUGCAGGUGAGCUGCAGAUGAAGGUCCAUGAAGACUGGAGGCCCGCGGUGGACGAGGACUGGUACUGGAACCACACCUGGACAUCAGCAGCAGCAGCAGCAGCAUCAGCAGUGUGUUCUCAGCUCGGAUGUGGUUCUAUCGUGACUACAGAUUUAGAGAGAAUCGGAUCAAAGAGACCCGUGUGGCGUAUCGAGUCCUCCUGCUUCCAGUCGGCUAUUUCCCUUCAGGACUGUCUGUUUCUGAGCGAUGAGGCCAGAGACUCCGAUAGUCUGCAGGUGAUCUGUUCAGAUCUGCUGGUUCAACCAAACAUCUCCGUGUCUUCGUCCCGUCUUGAAGUCCAGCAGCAGAAGGUUAGGGUCCUCUUGGGCUCCAACUUCAGCAUCAUCUGCUCCACCAGGCCUCAGUAUCCAGGAGGUUCCUUCCAGCUCGUCUUCAACUCCUCCAGCUCAACGCUCAACUACGUCCUUCCAGCCGUCACACAUUCGGCCUUUUUCCUGUUUCCUGCUGCAGAAGGCCUCCACAGAGGGACGUACACCUGUAUUUACCACCUCUACGUCUUCUCCCAUAACUUCUCCUCCACCAGCCGGCCCAUCUAUCUCAUCCCCUCAGACUCUGUGAGGCUGGUGGGCGGGACUCAUCGGUGUUCAGGUAGACUGCAGGUGAAGAGGAACCAGGUGUGGUCCUCAGUGUGUUCAGAUGGAUUUGACCUGCAGGAUGCUGAGGUGGUCUGCAGGGAGCUGGGCUGUGGUUCUCCUUCAGGGUUUAAGGAGGAACUCUAUGGAGAAGCUCCAGAGUGGAUCCCAGAGUUCCGGUGUGGAGGCCAUGAGUCUGCUCUGCUGCACUGUGAGCGCUCAGAUAGAGACACCUGCUCACCUGGAACCACCGUCACACUCACCUGCUCAGCUCCAGACCAAGUGAGGCUGGUGGGAAACAGAAGCACCUGUGCAGGUGAGCUGCAGAUGAAGGUCCAUGAAGACUGGAGGCCCGCGGUGGACGAGGACUGGUACUGGAACCAGAAGUGGACAUCAGCAUCAGCAUCAGCAGUGUGUUCUCAGCUCAGAUGUGGUUCUAUCGUGACUACAGUUUUAGAGGAAAUUGGAUCAGACCGACCUGUGUGGUUUAUCAAGUCCUCCUGCUUCCAGUCGACUCUUUCCCUUCAGGACUGUCUGGUUCUGAGCGAUGAGGCCAGAAACUCCUAUAGUCUGCAGGUGGUCUGUUCAGAUCUGCUGGUUCAACCAAACAUCUCCGUGUCUUCGUCCCGUCUUGAAGUCCAGCAGCAGAAGGUUAGGGUCCUCUUGGGCUCCAACUUCAGCAUCAUCUGCUCCACCAGGCCUCAGUAUCCAGGAGGUUCCUUCCAGCUCGUCUUCAACUCCUCCAGCUCAACGCUCAACUACGUCCUUCCAGCCGUCACACAUUCGGCCUUUUUCCUGUUUCCUGCUGCAGAAGGCCUCCACAGAGGGACGUACACCUGUAUUUACCACCUCUACGUCUUCUCCCAUAACUUCUCCUCCACCAGCCGGCCCAUCUAUCUCAUCCCCUCAGCUCCUCUGAUGGAUUUGAUCAUCAGACUUGUCGUCCACCUGCUGGUGAUGGUUCUUCUCAUCUCUGUCACCUGCUUCUACUCUAGAAAAUACUCUGUAGAAACCAGAAGCAGAAAUGAAGAAACAAACGUCGUCGCUGAGCUCCAGUGAUCCACGAUUUACCAAGAAACAUCCAGAAAAUGAUCUGUCUGCUUUUGUCCAUGAAAUAAACUUUCAUCCAGAAGUGAAACAACAACAACUUCUACAGAAAACAACAAUAUUUCAGCUGAUUUAAAUACAGGAAAAAAUACAGUCAGGUUGGAAAAAUACUGAUUUUUAAUGUGGACGUUAUUUACGGUUUUGGUCUGUUUUUUAUGGUUAAAAUGUGAAUUAAUGUUGUUUUUUUUGUUUUUACAAAGUAUUAUCUGUGAUUUAAUGUCCUUAAUACACAGAAUGUUUUUAUCAGUGGUUUAAUUUUCUAAAUAUAUUAAAAUAGUCUAAUUUUACAGUCAAAUGUGGAUGUUAUUUACAGUUUUCACCAGUUUUUUUAAUGUUUUAAACAGUUAUUCCUUUUGUUCAGCGAUUUAACUCGAUAUUAUCUGUA